GUAAACGUUGUCAGUGUCACAAGUCUUGCUCUUCGGGGUUUUAGCAAUUUAUUUCCCUGGUUCUAAGUUGAUUUCUAAAACCUUCAAAGGGAUUGUAUGGGCAGCGUCAUGGAGCUGUUGUCUUGGCCCCCGGCCUGUAGGUCUGGUAGGACCCGUUUGGUGGUGGAAAGUCUAGUUUGGCAGACUUGCUCGUCAAGCCCUUUGGGCUUGGUUCAGAGCGUGAAGGAGGGGUGGGUCGUCUCUAAAGUGGGAUAGUGUCUCAGACCUUGUUUUGUCCAAGGAAUGACUCAGUAUUUAAAGGAGUGUAUCUGUAUUGGAAAGAAAAAGAGAUUGCUUAAAGAUUAACUAACUUUUAAGACUAACAACUUAUCUACAUCUAUUUUGGGGCGCAGGGUAGUUUUUGUGAGGACUACAAAAAAAUGGAUACAGAGAAACAGACAAGCAGCCAUAGAGUUUGGGAGAGGAAGAGAGCGGGAAAGACAGCCAGGCACAGAGUGUGGGAAAGAGAGAGAUCAACAGAGAGCUGGCAUCCGCUUUUCCAACAGCAUCAUUUUAAUGAAGGUCCCGUCUGUGGUUAUCAUCUUAGUGCCAAUGGAAUUGAAACCUGCAGACAAUGCAAUCUUCAAGGCCUUGCGACUGCAAGUAUACACUCUUUUUCUCAUGCACACACAAACCCACACACACAAACUCUCUGCCUCUCUCACACAUAUUCGUUGUUUUUGCGCACACUCACACACACUCUCAUGGAACCAGAGCAACAGUGUGCAUGGUUGUUCCAGACUGAGCCAGUUCCCAGAUCUGUCUCAGCUGUGUGCUGAUGAAUAAUUGAUGAAUGAAGGCGGUUCCAUUAGAACAGAUCCCGGGUCAGUCUCAGGGAACAUCACACCAGCCUGGCCUAUCUAUUAUAGAUGGCAGAGUUUGGUGACUGUGACAGAGGAGAGGCGGCUCAACAGCUGUGAGAGGAGGACAAAUGGUGCUCUCCUUCUCUUUUCCUGGGAGUUCUGUUUGGAUCCAGACAAGAUGAAAGAGCUGACGGUUCAGUUUCAGUGAGUUUCCUGCCGUGCUUUUCACAAAAGUGUGUGUUUGAGCGAUUUGUACUCUCUCCUGUCUGCCUGAUCAUCCCUUGUCGGAGCACUACGAAGCAGGAAAUGAAGGCCGUCGCUGUAGCUAAUGGCAAUGGUUGCCAUGGUCCCCCCCCCCCCCAGCCCCCACUCUGAGUCAUCCUCUACACCAAGAGGGAGAGAUCCGGUGUUGGCUGGGCGUAUUUCCGGGCGCACCCACACAGAAGGUCCAGUGCGAGGGGCAGGCGUUGAGCCAGGGCUGGACGGGCAUGCAUCAUGACCUCAGUGGUGCUUGUCGACAGCGGAGGGGCGGUGGUGGAGUAUGUAACCGCAGUGGAAGACCCUCAACAGGAGGAGGGCCAGUGUGAAGUUGAGGUGGAGAUGGAGGGCGAGGCAGAGGGCGAGGUAGAGGGGGAGGCCUACGAGGAGGAGGUGGAAGCAGGGGCUGGAGAGGAGGAGGUGGAAGGGGAGUACCAGGCAGUGAUUGUAGAGGAGGUUCCAGGCGCGGGGCUGGGGCAGGAGUUGGAGCAGUGCUUCUCAGCCCAGGUACUGGUGUACGAUGACGGGACUUACCUGAUGCAUGACGUGGGGGACGAGCAAGAGGUGGAGACUGAGACGGUGGAGACAGUGGAAGCAUCUGUCCAUGGCAGCAGCAUCCACUGCUCAGACAAGACUAUCGAAGCAGCAGAGGCCCUGCUGCAUAUGGACUCACCUUCCAGCCUGCGGGGGGACCGCAGUCCAGAUGUGUUUGUGCCGGCAUGCGUGGCCACACCGGACUUCCUGCACGCCGCCAUGCGGCCCGACGCCAUGACUGAGACUGUGGUGGAGGUGUCGACGGAGGACUGCGAGGAUGACUGCCCCAUGGAGGUCACCCUCAUCGAGGAGCCCGACCUGGAGCCUGAACCUGACCACGAGCCCGUCAAGAGGAAGAAAGCCGGGCGGAAACCCAAGACGCACCACGCAGCCAUACCCAACGGAUCACUUGACCUCGGCAUUAAGAAGAAACCCAGAGAGGGGAAAGCGGGCAGCACCACCUACCUGUGGGAGUUCUUGCUGGACCUGCUCCAGGACAAGAACACGUGUCCCAGGUACAUCAAGUGGACUCAGAGGGAGAAGGGAAUCUUCAAGCUGGUGGACUCCAAGGCUGUGUCCAAGCUGUGGGGGAAGCACAAGAACAAGCCUGACAUGAACUACGAGACCAUGGGCCGGGCGCUCAGAUACUACUACCAGAGAGGCAUCCUAGCCAAGGUCGAAGGUCAACGUCUGGUGUACCAGUUCAAGGAGAUGCCCAAGAACAUUGUCAUCAUCGACGAUGACAAGGCGGACUCCGAUGAUCUCAUUGGCCAGGAGUGUGCCUCUUACGAGCGGGUCCCGCCCCCGUCCGAAACGCUGCUCAGCGCCGUCGAGCUUUCCAAGACGCCCAACAUCCUGCGGGGUGGGGCGAGGGCUGUGGUCCACUCCCCCGUCAUCAAGGGUAGCAAGGCGUCGCUGGUAGGGGGAGGGGCCUUGGCGGCGGGAGUCCAGCGGAUAAUGACGGUCUCUGCGGCGACAGACGGGAGCCAGACGCAACAUUCUCACACAGCCAUCAUCCCCACUGCAGCCGGACCCAGGACGGUCCGGGUCGCCAUGCAGGUGCCGGUGGUCAUGACGACGUCGAUGGGCCAGAAAAUCUCCACAGUUGCUGUGCAGCAGGCUCAAGGGACUACGGUGGCGUCGGGCCACACCCUCCUCACCAACGCCUCGCCCACGGGCAACGCCAACACCCAGCAGAAGGUCAUGAUCCAGACAAUCCCCACCAUGGUCCCUGCCACAGCGGAGAAUGGAGACAAGAUCACCGUCCAGCUAGCCAAGAUCAUUACCAUCCCCGCCCACCAGCUGGCCCAGUGCCAGCUCCAGACCAAGUCUGGCUUCGGGGCCUCCUCCCAGGGCAUCAGUCUCCUGGGGGGCCCCCUCACUGUCCGUGCCCUGACCCCUGUCUCCAUGGCGCCCGGCACCCAGGUGAUGAGGUUGGCGGUCCCCGCCCAGCAGACGCAUCAUCAUCAGCAGCUUCACCAUCAGCUGGUGGUGUCGCAGGCGGGCGGGACUCCGGUGGUUACCAUGACGACGGCCAAUCCCACAGUGGCGGUGGUGGCGCCCCGCAUCGUCAGCAGCAUCAUCAAGAGCAGGGAGGCGGUGGCGGGAGGGGGAGGGAGGACUGGGGCGGAGCAGGCAGCGGUCCAGGUGAUACCGGUCCUAUCCGGGCCCAACCAUACAGGGGCGGACAGAGUGAACCAGGACGCCAACGAGGUCACGCCACUCGUCACCCAAUCAGAAGUUGCAGGCGUGGAGGUCGGCACUGUCGUUGUCAAAUCUGAAGAGCCGGAAUGCUGAGAAAAACAAAGAGACUUAAGGGGGAUUUGUGGACUUACGUACACACACACACACACCUAUCAAAGCCCACCCAACCACCCCUAUUUGCCUCUAGGGGAGGGCGGGGGCACAGUACAAGUUGGCCCCACAUUUUUAUUUGUUCUUUUUAUUAUUGAAAAUACUUUGAGACACUUUGAAAACUCAAGUUCCCAUCAUGCCUCCCUUCUUUCGGGCUUGUCCACCUCUUUUCUCAGAUCUCCGGUUCCCAAAGUGGAACCCAUAGACAUAGAAAUCCGGCAAAUGACAUUUGAAGAGACUUGUCUAGACAAAGGGACCAACUGGGAUCACUACAUUUUAACGGUCUCUCCUUGGAAAGAUAAAUCGGAAGGGAUACCGCAACACUACAGCAGGCAAAUAAUUCAAAUGAACCAGAAUGUGAACUGGGAGGGGAGGAAGAAGUUUGUUACACUUUGUAUAGAAACGUUCUUUAUUUUUUUGCCUGUGUGUUUCUCUUGCAUUGACAAAGUAAAACCAGCAAUUAGUUUGACUAUCACUGUGCAGAACUCGUGUGACAGUGCCAGGUGCUAUGUCGGUCUCCCCCCCACUCACACUCAGUGUCACACCACUGCCACAUACCAAUGCGCUCGCACACUCACACACUCACCAGGAACUUUUGGAAAGACCGCUUUUAGGCUCCUGGAAGGCAAGUAAAGAAAAAGGGACUUGAUGUGUAUAUAUCUACUAUACAGUUUACGAAUUUUAAAACAAGAGCAGCCUUAGUUUUGAUGACUUCUUGUUUGUUUAUAAGCUAAUCAAGCUUUUUUUUUUUUUUCGCAUAAUUUUUCUGACGAACAAUACCUUGUACCAAGCACAGUAUUACUGAGGAGUACAGAAUCACAUAUUUUGUUAUCGUUUUCUCAGUGUAGGUCAGGCUCUUAAGAGUUCCUUCUGAUUGGUCUCGCCCAUGGAUUUACUGUUGUCGCAGAAUUCCUGGAGUUUCUCCUAGUGGGAUGUUAACUCUUCCUCACCUCCCUUAUCUGUAGUAACUGACCUGGGUACCCUGUACUGCCCUUUUAGACGCUUCACUUCUAGCUAUUUGAAAUUGACAGGUUGUUCGGCAGCAUGAGUUUAUAACCCCCCCACCCGACAUGUCCACUGCAUUUUGCCUUUCCUAGUUAACCGAUUUAGAGGGAGAAAGAGAUGUUUGCGUUCAGACUGAACUAGUUUGUAUAUUCAACAUUUGAAGUAUAUUCUAUUUUGUUGUACUCUUGUUUCAAAGUGUAUUCAAGUAGAUUUUACUGAAAUAUAAAAACAAAAAACAUUUGAAACCA